AUGGCACGGAAUACACACGGAGACUGUUAUGCUCGGCUACGACAAGUUGAAGUCCAGCAAGAUGUCAAAGAAAAUUCACCGCAGAUGAACUUCGAGUUUAGUAGAGACUUUGCUCUUCUGGAACGUCUCGAUUCUGAAACAAUCCUCGAGAUCUACCAGAAUUCAGAGGAACGGGGCAAGAAGCGACUAUAUGAGGAGAAACGGGCUGUUGUCUCAGCGCGGAUCAAAGAGGACUUGCAGCGAGACAACAAACGAAUCGGGGAAGAUCGCGAGUUGUUUUACAGGAUGGAAAGUGAGAAGGACAUGGACGCUGGGGCGUGUUUCAGAAAAUAUGCUUUGAGUUUGAUGAGGAACAAGCGUAGAGCGAAGGAGUUACAUUGGAAAGGGAAGUCAGAGCCAGCCGAGAAUGUUCGGGCAGAUGGGAAGAAUUCUCCUGAGGAUGUAGACUCACCCCUAUCGGACCCGCCAGAGAUGGAUUGUGAGUUGGAUUGGAAUGAUUCUGUAUCUGGGAAUGAGACAGAUACCCCAGGGAUCAAAAGUACGCCCCAGGAAGUCGAGUUCGAACGGGGAAGAGCCCUAACUAUACAGAAUAUCGAGGACUGGGAGUCUGUGGUAAAGGAAAGCGGUAGGGUGUAUGUUCUCCGUUGUGAAUGCUUCAAUAACGAGAACCGUUGGUACGGUUCGAAAGGCAAGACCGAGGACGGCAUCAGAAAAACGUGGAAAAAGCAUAGCAAUGAGUUCCACGAAGACGAAAAUGGAAUCAUACGGAAAAAAGACGUGGUAAAAAAAUUUGGAUACCUGGUUGAGGACGCAACUCUUAAAUGGUAUGAUGAUUUCAGGAAACGUUUUGACGAGAAACUUGGACGCAAGCGCAAGAAAACGAGCUCCAGACAUCUGUCGGAACGCCCUGGACAGUUCGGGGGCUCAGAUAAUUCUGCAGACUUCUCAGAGCGGGAAGAUGGUCACCGCCAUGACAAUGGCGAAGGUAGCAAAGUAAGCUCCGCAGAGAAUCAAUCAGUCUUCGUUCCUUUGGAGGAUACAGACGACAGCUGUGAUGGAGACGCAGAUGAAGAUCCUGUAGAGCUGGAAGGUCAAGACGGUCCUAAAAACCUAAAUCAUGGGAAAGAGGUACUCCCAGAAGGAAUCAAAAAUGAAGAAAUUGAAGAUAGAGGCCUUUUCAUGACACCGGCACCGGCGGACCGUGAUUUGGACAGAAAUUAUCAACCAAAUUUGCACAAUCAGACAGAAUCCAGUGAGUCUCAGGAUGGCUUGCAAACUAUUCAGAAUAUAGAUUCACCAGUGUUCCAUCAGCUGGGUCUAACUGGUCCUAAAGGACCCAAAAUUCCACCGAAUCUCACAGUAGUGACUUCCAACAGGUCCUCGAAUCAGGAAAUGUCUAAUCGUGCAGCGUCACCAUUUCCUCGCAAACGAUCGCCAGAGGCUGUUUCGGGUCUAAAACAGAAGCGAAGAAAGAUUAUCACAAGCUCAAGUGAAGAGAUAGAUUAUGAUGAAUGA